GUCGGGAACCCAUGGCAAGACACAUAACCCAUGGGAGUAAUAAUAAAUGGUGAGGUUUGAUACGUCUUUGUUAAGGGCAAAUAUUUGGACGUUGACGUCGCGAAGAUGGUGCGUGAAGUUCAUGGAAACCUCGAAGGGCUUGUUCUGCUGGCGCUGGCCGGGCUCGGGCUCUUCAUGCAUGAAGUCACGGCUUUGCCUGCCUGGAGAUUUGAGGAAGAAGCUCUCAUGUCUGGUGUUUUAAUCAUUGGAAUUCAUAAAGACGCCCGCUCCCAUGUGCUUCACCUUUCCAGAAACAAACGCUACACGCUCACUCCAGAGAAGCUAAAGUGGGACAAGUUCAAGCUGACCUACAAACUGCUGUCGUUCCCCAGGAAUCUUCUGAACGCCAGUGACACGAGGAGAGGCGUAUCCAAAGCGUUCUCCAUGUGGAGUGACGUCUCGCCCUUCAGUUUCCGGGAAGUCCCUUCCGAUCAAGAGGCGGACAUCCAGAUCGGUUUCUACUCCGUAAACCACACCGACUGCCUGCAGUCCUACCUACACCACUGCUUCGACGGCAUCACCGGGGAACUGGCCCACGCCUUCUUCCCUCAGACCGGAGAGAUCCACUUCGAUGAUGACGAGUACUGGAUUCUGGGAAACAUGCGCUUCAGCUGGAACAAAGGAGUGUGGCUGACAGAUCUAGUUCACGUGGCGGCCCAUGAGAUCGGUCAUGUACUGGGAUUGAUGCAUUCCCAGAAUACCAAAGCUCUAAUGCACCUCAAUGCCACACUGACGGGCCGCAAACUAAUUACUCAAGAUGAGGUCUGGGGCUUACAUCGACUCUAUGGGUGUUUGGAUCGAUUAUUUAUCUGUCCUUCUUGGGCAAGGAAGGGUUAUUGUGACAGCAAGAGGAGGCUCAUGCAGAAACACUGUCCGUCCAGCUGUGACUUCUGUUACGAAUUCCCAUUUCCCACUGCCCCGCCAACUGCAACCCCCCCACGGACAAAACACAAGUUUGUUGUGGAGGGAAAGAACCUCACCUUCCGCUGUGGUAAGAAGAUUGCAGCCAGGAAAGGCAAAAUCUACUGGUAUAAAGACGGCGAGCUUCUGGAAUUCUCUCAUCCCGGAUACAUUUCCCUGAAAGAUGACCACAUCACAAUCGUGGCCAACGCCAUCAACGAGGGCACUUACACCUGCGUCGUGAGGAAGAAGAACAGGGUGCUGACCACGUACUCUUGGAGGGUACGAGUGCGCUUCUGA